AUGAUGGGAACAGUAUGGCUCCGCCUGCACCCAGCUCAGGAUUAUAUCCAACCCUUCGUCAAUGCGAUCUUUUUCGGAUCAGCUUUCAUGUCCUUUAUGGCCGUGGCCUAUGUGCCCGCCUACCUCGAAGACAGGGCAACAUUUGCAAAGGAGCGCGCGAAUGGGCUCUACGGCGCAACACCCUUUAUCGUCUCGAAUUUCCUCAUCGGUCUUCCUUUCCUCUUCCUAAUUUCAAUGCUCUUUUCGAUUGUCUCAUACUGGCUCUCCAACUUCCGACCAGACGGAUCCGCCUUUAUGAUCUGGGUUAUGUGGAUAUUCCUCGACCUCGUCGCGGCCGAAAGUCUGGUCGUGUUCGUCACAUCGAUAUUCCCCAACUUUGUCAUCUCGCUCGCAUUAGUCGCGUUCGCGAAUGGAUUGUGGAUGAGCGUGGGUGGGUUUCUUGUGACGCCAACCAUUCUGAAUCCUUUCUGGAAAUAUGUGUUCCACUAUAUUGAUUAUCAAUCAUACGUCUUCCAGGGAAUGAUGGUGAACGAAUUCUCGCAACGGAACUACUCGUGCGGAGAGGGCUGCCACUGUAUGUACGACUCGGAUCUAGCAGAUCAAUGCCUGAUCCGCGGCACGGCGGUACUGCAACAGUAUGGGUAUGCUACUGGACGGACGGGCAAAUGGGUGGGAAUUCUCAUUGGCAUUAUUGCGGUUUAUCGGCUGUUCGGAUGGAUUGCACUCCAGCUGCGUCGGACUUGA